AUGUUUGCCACAAAUGCUGGGUCGCAUUUGUUAAGGCAGGCAUGGAGAUUCAUAAGAUAUUUCGGCCAUCCUUGCGACGUAAGCCUCUGCGGAGCCCCAAAGUUCUCGGUAAAGAGACGCAUAGUCUCAUUCAAUCCAAGUGGACAGCUUAUAUUUUCAGCCACCAAAUCUGGGCGAUAUUUAUGCAACAGACAUCUCAACGCCCGACCAUCUGACCAAGUCUCUGCAGACAAAUCAAAUAUCGGUGGACAAAUGGGUUCUGAAGGUGAAAGUCGAAGUUGGUACCAUUUGAGAAGACUGACUAGAGGAGUGUAG